CUUAGUUGCGGACCUAACAAUUACCCUGCUUUGUGUUCGUUUUGUGCUGGUCCCGUCUUUCUGCGUGAUCAUCAAAACAAUUCGCUCGUGUUAAUCACAACAAACAACCACCAAUUUAAUUCGCGAACCAAAACACGGGCCAGCUAAGGGUGUCAGCAUAUGGCACCGUUCAUUCAGUAUCUGUACAUUGGUGUGAAACGAUUUAACGACUAAUGGUGUCAUAGCGUGUUUAACUGUCUGGUACCAGAGUAAAUUUCACUUUUCCGAGUGCUAGUUAGUAAUAUUACUUCGCGUAAUGCUGAUCAUGCGCCAACAUAAAAGAAGCGGAUGUUUAAUUCUAGUUUAACCCUGAUUUGUGAGACACGCACAAAUGACACGUCAAUCAUUUCUCACACAAACGUGAUAGUGCCGAAGGUACCGUAUGAUUAACGGCUGAACCGCCCUUGCCGUCACCCGGUUCGCACCAGGUUCAAAGUGCAAGUCAAAUCAAUGUCCCAGUGCAACACCGACAACGCCCGCAACCGGGCAAAAGAAACCGCGAUGCCUGAUCGCGUCUUCCAUUUCGGUGUCCGCAAGAAUGCAAACAAUGCACUUUCGAUGCACCCUUUUGCCACUGUGAUCGCCACCGCGAUUUCUCGUCUCGGCGAUCCACCCAGUAUGGACGGCCCGUUUGAUCCGAGUGGCAAGUGGUGGACGAAGAUUUGCAAGCGAAACGAAACGGAGUCGGUGGAAUAUCUGCAACGGCAUUCUACGCACCCCAUGUCCGGCGGCAUUUCUUUCGCGAUCGUAUCGCUGCUGCGAAACGGUAUGCGUGUUAAGGUGUUAAGUUUUGCUGGUUGCAACGUCAUCCUUUACACCAGGCACCCCGUCCGAUGACAACCGGAUAAUGUUCAAACCAGGCUUCAAUCAACGCAGCUGAUGGAUGUCGGAUGGAACAUGAAGCCGGUAAAGAUAAACACUGAUACCGGGAUUCGCCUCCACUCGGCGCGUGAAAGUGUCAUUCGACACCGCGUUGUGGUGGCCAGUGAGCAAAGGCAGCAAGGACAAUGUUCGUUCAACAAAGACUACGCCAUUGCCAACAUCAGUGAGUGGGCGAUCCUGCCGAAAAAUGAGGAUGCAUUAGCGUUCGCUGUGUGGAAGGUGGGUCCAAUUCCGGUUAGCAUCAAUGCGGCUCCCAAAUCGUUCCAGCUAUACAGCAACGGAAUUUACGACGAUGAAGCUUCGUGCGAUAAUUCGAAGGUAAACCAUGCGAUGCUCCUGCUCGGCUACACCAAGGACUACUGGAUACUGAAGAACUGGUGGGGCAGCUGGGGUGAGGCCGGCUAUAUGCGGUUGGCCCGUGGAAAGAAUCUGUGCGGCAUCAGCAACUAUGCCGGCUACGUUACGGUAUGAUGUCUGUUGCUGUACCGAGCUUUAGGUUAAUAAAAUCCCACAUCAAAACGUAUU